UCUCUCACAGCAUACUGAACAACGUUUGAGUUUCUAUUAAAAGAGGUGUCUGGAAUAAGAUUGUUUCUGUUACCUGGGAAAAUCCGAAGAACAACAUGGAGGAGCGACGUAAAGAGGAGAACGAAAAAGGAGGGGAAGAAGGAAGGUACCGUGGUGUGAGAAGGAGGCCAUGGGGUAAGUUUGGAGCAGAGAUCAGAGACCCAACAAAACCUACGGGAAGACAAUGGUUAGGGACAUUUGACACAGCAGAAGCAGCAGCAAGAGCUUAUGAUCGAGCAGCCAUAGAAUUAAGGGGUGCUCUUGCAAUCCUUAAUUUCCCUGAUGAGUACCAUUCUCAUCUCCCUUUCUUGUCAUCAUCAUCAUCAUCAUCUUCUUCUUCUUCUUCUACCAAUGUCAUCGGAAAUUCUUCUACUGCACAAGGUGAAGUUAUUGAGUUUGAGUAUUUGGAUGACAAGGUAUUGGAAGACCUUCUUGAGUUAGAGGAGAAGAGAAAGAAGAAAGAGUAACAAGAGGUCAACUAUAUUGUGUUCGUGUUUCUCCUACAAUUGUACCCAUUUACUUCUUAGUUUGAAUUAGAUGUAAUGUUAAUUCAACCA